ACUGACACGAGUAAACCGGAUCCCUGCCCUCCAGCUGCUCCGCUCCCACCAGCAGGGCCGGGGCAGAGGAGGGAGGGGGCUCUGUGACACCGGAUCCGGCCGCCCUCUCCGAGCGCUGCCCUGGCUGUCGUGACACCUGAUUCCCCGGGCCGAGGAGGGAGGGGGGCAGCGUGGGACACGAUCCCCCCUCCCCCCCACACACACAAACUCCCCUGGGCACUGGCAGAGGGGCCCUGUGACCCCCGUCCCGCCUCCCAGCCCAGGCGCGGGCAGAGGAUGGACGGGGCUCGGCCCUGGUCUGCUCAGCGCCCGCCCUGGGCAGGUGCAGCCACAGGCUGCGCGGUGCCGCCUGCCUGGGCGGCUGCAGCCGGGCGAGCCCAGGCGGCGCGUCCUACCUGAGGCGCCUCCCGAAGCUGCGGGCUGCGCAUGGCGGCGGCGGCCCCCGAGCCCGGCGGGCUCCCGCGGGCGAAGAGGAGGAGGCUGCCGCGAGUGCCGGUUGUGAGGGCGCCCCGGGCGGCCGGGCCCCCCGCGCUGCCGGCCCUGGAGCUCUUCAUGCCGCUGGGGGAGCAGCAGCCGCCGCAGCCCCGCGCGGGCAGAGCCGCAGCCCCGGGCCCGCUCUGCGGCCGCCGGCGACCCGGCCCGCAGCGCCCCCGCCACGUCCGGACUAUCUUCGAGCCCGAGCCCGAGCCCGAAGGGCAGCGGCACCGCUUCAGGCUGCAGGAGGCGGUGAGGACCUGGUGCGACCUCUGCUGCCACUUCAUCUUCUCCCAGAGCCUGCGGUGCGCGGAUUGCAGAUAUACAUGUCACUCUCACUGUCGAGAUCUGGUGCAUCUGGACUGUCAGCAGAAUGGAAAAUUAAUGGAAUACGUCUCCAUAUAUGACGAGUUAGAUCAAACCAACAAUGGUCAGGAUGUUCAGAAAGAGAGAGAGACCCACACGUAUCUCAGUAAAGAAGAAAUUAAAGAGAAGAUUCAAAACUAUAAUUCAUCUGUUACUGACAAAUUAAAGAUGACCUUGAACUCAAAUGGGACUUACACUGGCUUCAUCAAAGUUCAGAUGGAACUAUGCAGACCUAUUACUAUACAGACUGCUGUGAAUCCAGGAGAGCAUGCUCACAAUAACAACGAGACUUCAUUUUACUUGCCCCCAGGCUAUGUGAAUAAGCUUCAUAUAAGCAGCAUUAACACUGUUCGUGAAGUUAUUGAGGCCUUGCUCAAAAAAUUUGUAGUGUUUGACAACCCUGCCAAGUUUGCACUUUAUAAACGCUGUCACAAGGAAGAUCAAGUUUAUACAUGCAAGCUCUCAGACAGAGAACAUCCCCUCUAUAUGCGUUUGGUAGCAGGCCCCAGCACAGAAACACUCAGUUUUGUUCUGCGUGAACAUGAAACUGGAGAGGUUAUGUGGGAAGCCUUUAGCCUUCCUGAACUGCAGAACUUCUUGCGUAUACUGGACAAAGAGGAAGAUGAGCAACUACAGAUCUUAAAGAGGCGUUACGCAGCCUACAAAGACAAACUUGAAGAAGCCCUUGAUGGGGUGUGGAAACCAGGUUAAAGUGGGGCCAAAGAACACUCAGGAAAAAUGCCCUGGAGCAUGCCAAACCCAACCGUACAGAACAGCAGCAAAGAGUAGUUUUCUUUAUUCAGAAGACUGGUUUGUGAAGCGAGGGUUACCUGUACUUUUCUAUAGAUUUAGACCCAUAAAUCAGGGCACUUAGUGUCUUGCACCCAUAAGUAAGGAAUUCUGCAUGUUUGUACAUCAACUUACAACCCCCUAUUGUGCCUUCAAGGGCUUUCCAGGUUACCUUUGUGUAAGCUCUAAAUCUGUUAUCUAGGAUGCUAACAAAUAAGAAUUUUUUGACCACUUUUUAUUAUUUGCUUUAAUAUUAAUGAUAGCUUUAAAAGUAAGGAAGUGCAAAUUGAUCAUUUUAAAAAUUAAUAAAACAGCUUAGCCAUGUGUGAUCAAAAACAGAUUGGAGCAUUAUGUUUGAGACUAAAUAGAUUUGCACUACCUUUCUGUUUUCAAAUAUUUACUGUGUAAUUUCUGAGAAAACAGUUAUAGGUGGAAGGGAUGUAAAACCUUUGAGGUUCUGUGAAAUUGUGGAAGAUUUUAAAGUAGUCUUACUGGAGAAAGUAAAGAGCAAGUUGAAAAGAAAGCAAGAGCAGAGGAAGUGACUGUAACAGCUGAUGGAAGAUGGAUGUAGAGUGGAAAUACUAAUAUAGAAGAAGAAAUGGAAUUUUAUUUUUCCUAGUGAGUAGUUGUAAAAGAAUAAAGUUUUAGGAUGUUCUAAUAUUAUGAAUAAGUUUUUAGAAUUGUGUACAUUCUCACUAGAAUAGAAAUGAGGAUAAUUUAUACAAGUACUGGGAGGGAAAGAAGGAAGGAGGCUACAUAUUAGUGGAAAUUAAACUGCCUACGUUGGAGAAGCUAGUUCCUAAACAUGUGAAAGCAUAUAUGGUUUGAGAUGUGUAACAAAUAUAGUGAGCUGUUAUCUGCUUAAAUUUUGAAAUGUGGGUAGUGAGUAUAUCUCAUUUUUAUAAGGAACACCCACCUAAUUGGUCACUGAAUGUCUAAAUUAGAAAUAUAGAUGCAGGUACAUUGAUCUAACUGAAAUCAGAUCUUUCAGCUGAGGUCAAAGAGACAUUUUUUAGACAAUCUUAUGAAGACAUGAAAGCUUCCUCCACUAGUGUGUUUAUUUAAAGGCUCAGUGAGGCAAAGAGAAGUAGAAUUUCUUGUUUGUAUUUCCAAGGAAGCAGAGAAUUAGAAUAUAUUGGUCAUGUUGUAGAUGAAUCGCUUAACUCCAGUUUUGGUAAUUUGAAUUUUUUUCUAAUUAUAUUAUUUUAAAAAAAUGGUCCAACAGCUAAUUACCAAAUUCUGUACACCUGCUGAUUUACUUGAUUAAGAGUAGGAAAAAAAUGUAGCAAAAGAAAAUUUUGUACUUUACUGUAAAUGUCAUUGUUAUUCUUUCAGAAAUAUUUAUCGAAAGAAGCACGUUCAAAGAUACCAAAGAAAUGGGUGUGCAAUAAAAGUAUGAAGAAGGUUUGAAUAACUGACAAGUUUUAGUCAUAACCACAUGGUGGGGAAAAGUCAGGAUUUAUGCUAGUAAAGAAAUGGAUAAAUAGUGCUGGCGAUUCAAGAACAGCAAUUGUUUCUCUUACUGUAAAGAUGUUCAUUGUAAAUUCCCAAGGAAUAGUUGACACUUUGGUGACACCUAGUGGAUACUCUGUGAAACUCCAAGAUGUUUCUGUUCUUUAUAUGAAUUUGACAUAAUUGUGCCUUUGUUUCCUUUAUUUAGUAAUGGACACCUCCUUUUUUUUCUUUUGGCAAAAUAUUUUUUUGCAGAUGCAGCAAGACAAUCAUAUGUUUUAAAGUGUUAAGAGAACUUAAAAAGUAGGACUAACUAUAAAAAUAUAUAUGGUAUAUCUUGUUUGUUUUUAUUUUAUUUCACAUGUAACAUUGUAGGGCAUGUGGGACGUUUAUCAUCAAAGUGAGACACUUUACCAUAAUGGUUCAGGGAGUACUUUUACAUUUUGUUAACAUUGUUUUUCUAUAAAUACUACAUCAUAUGGAUGGAUAUUCUAUUAACAUCCACUUAAUUUAUGUAGUGUUAACCAUAACAAUGUAAUCAUUAGAUAAUAGUUAACGUUGAACCAUUUGUUCUUCAGAUUUCAACACUGUUUGAGUCUGUAGUUUAUAGAUAUGUGAAUCUUUUUUACUUGAACUAAAUUAUCUGUCUUUAAAGUGGGCAUCUUCAUUUGCUUUAGCCAAAACCUCAAUCAGUGUCUUAUGCACUACAAGUUUUAAUUUGGAAAAAAAAAAACUUACUGUAUUUUAAUUUUGUCGUAGUCCACAGUUAAUUGUUGUUAAGACUGUUUUGUUUUAUUUUUUUACACACUGGUUACUACAACAGCUUUAAUUUAAAAGAAAUGGUCAAAUCUGGCUCAUUUUUUUCUUUUUAAUUUUAUUAUCAAAUGAUCAAGCUGUCAAACCUUUGUUGCAGAACUGUUUUGUAUUAAUUAUGUGAUGGUACCAGAAUUAUGAUUAAAUGACCUGGGGACAAUGCAGGGAAACCUUUAAAAUUUAUGUCUUUAAAAAAAAGUUAUACUAUUUAUAAUUUUGACAAGUUUAAUUUUAUUUUUAUAGGGAAGUUUUUAUUCCCCUUGAUGUUAUUAUUGAAUGGCAAAUGAUAGUUCCAUUAUUAAAGUUGAAGUUGGCAGUACUUUA